AUGUCCACGGCGGCUACGAAAGGUCGAUCGGCCUCCCCAGGCGAGGCCAAGGCGAAAACCACGCUGCACCCCGUCGCGAUUGCCGACACGCCGGCUGCACAGGCCGUUUCCAUCGGGCGACCCGCGCUGCUGCUAGGUGCUCUGUACGUGAGAUUGCCAGCCCUCAUCAAUGACCCCGUGGCGGCAUUGAACAGCGCGCUGCCGUUCGUCGUGUUGGUGCAAAUUGCCUACGCCGCCAUCUGCCUGCCCAUUGCCGGUGCCCCGACCCAAUCUUUCCUCGCGCUCAUCCUGACCGUCAUCACCGUGCCCGCCGUCCAUAUUCUCUUUGUGCUCUUUGGCGCACCCUUGCUCGACCACGUUGCCCGGACAUUUCUCUGCGCCGCCCACUUCUCCAUCCUCGCAGCGUUUCCAAUGUUCUACACGCGCGGCGUGGAUGCACAGCCCAUGCUGGCACUGGCGGGCGCCCACGCGCCGCUUGAUGAAGUGUCUGGCGGAGUUCUAGGCGCGGUGCUGGGCGCUUGGUUGGGCGCAGUGCCGAUUCCCUUGGACUGGGACCGCGAGUGGCAGAAAUGGCCUAUUACGAUUAUUGUCGGGAUGUACCUGGGCUAUGCGGUGGUUUCCAAGGGCGUCGGGACGCUAUUCUACGGCAAGAGACUUGCAAAAUCGCCAGGGGAAGGCAACGAGUGA